AUGUCAUGCAAAAUUGGAGCUAGAGUUGAAAUAGCCGGAAAGGAUUGUCAAGGUACAAUUGCCUACAUCGGGCAUCCGUCUUUUGCAAGUGGAAAAUGGAUUGGAGUGAUAUUAGAUGAGCCAAAAGGAAAAAAUAAUGGCACAGUUAAAGGUCAAUCGUAUUUUAAGUGUUCAGAAAAUUAUGGAAUGUUCGUCCGCCAAAGUCAGUUGAUCAUUCUUGAUGAUGCAGGAAAUAAAGUAGAUACUUCUCUAAAUACUUCCAGUAUUUCAACUCCAGAUGAAGCAGGUGCUGCGAGAGCUCGUAGUCGACUUACAAGUUCUCGUGUGUCAUUAACUGGCAGCCGGACACAAUUGAGUUACCCAAGCCCGGAAACUUCUUCAGCUUCACAACAUGAACGCAAAGACACCAAUGAAUCUGGAAUUCCUGUUCCUACUACAAUUAAACGUGCCUCUUUUGUUGAGAAAUACACAUACGUGUUUCAGAAAUCCCCUAGCAAGAGAUUGUCUCCUGGCAAAAAGUUAAAGGCUGAAGAUGAUCGCAAUAAUACUGGUUUUGUGGAAACAUUAAAACCAAAUUUUGUACCUGGACAAGUAAUGGCUGGCUCGAUAUCUUCAACUUUAGGAGCAUCUAGUUCUGGAUCAAAUACUGUAGAAGAAAAACUCAGUCAUUUACAAUUAGUUCAAGAAAAUGAUAACUUGAAAGCUCAGGUAAAUGAUCUUAAUGAAAAGGUUGAAACAUUACGACUUAAACGAAUGCAAGAUAAAGAAAAGAUGAAAGAGUUUGAAAAAACUAAACUUCAAGUAGAGCAACUUUUAGAAUUUAAAUCUAAAGUGAUGGAAAGUCAGACAAGUCUUCAAAGAGAACUUCAGCGGACUCGGCAGGAGUUACGCGAGACGCAGCUAGCAAAAAGCACUUUUCAAGAUGAAAUGGCUGAUCUUGCUGAAACUGUUGAAAUGGCUACUUUAGAUAAAGAAAUGGCCGAAGAAAAGGCCGAAACCCUACAAAUUGAAUUAGAACAAUUGAAAGAAAAAUUAGAGGAAAAAACACUUGAUUUGGAAAUUUUACGUAGUGAAAUGUCUGAGCAGAUUAGUGGAAGCAGUGCAUCUAGUGGAAAGGGAAUUUCAUCUUAUGAAAUGAAACAGCUAGAACAACAAAAUAUACGACUUAAAGAAACCUUGGUGAAAAUGAGAGAUUUGUCGGCACAUGAAAAACAUGAGUUUCAAAAAAUUCAAAAAGAUCUUGAUCAGAAAAAAUCAGAAAUUUUGGAAUUAGGAAGAACUAAAGAAAAGUUAUCUGCUAGAGUUGAAGAAAUGGAGCAUCAAAUAGCUGAUCUACAAGAGCAGGUUGAUGCAGCAUUAGGUGCAGAAGAAAUGGUUGAAAUGCUCGGUGAAAAGAAAAUGGUUCUCGAAGAGCGAGUAAACGAACUAGAAGAAGCAGUUGCAGAUUUAGAAGCUCUUCAAGACAUGUCUGACCAACUAGCCGAGUCUUCAAAAGAAAUAGAGCUUGAACUUCGAGAAGAAUUGGACUUGGCAUUAGGUUCCGCUCGAGAUGCACAACGUCAUCGUGACGCUGCCUUAGAAACUUUAGCGGAUCGUGAAUUAACAAUCGCUAAAUUUAGAGAACUUACUAAUCGUUUACAAGAACAAUAUUUACAAUUACAGAAUCGCAUGCAAUCAACUGAAUCUGUAUAUUCGGGCGCUAGAGGUACUGAUCAACAGCUUGCGGAAAUUUUAGACUUUCAGAAGACAUUUGCAGAAACUCGUGCACAAACCAAAGCAGUUGAUCUUGAAUUACGCCGGUUGGAUAUUGAAGAAGCUCGUACUCAUGUUAAAUAUUUACUUCUAUUCAUGCCACCGGCUUUUCUAACUCGAGGAGGUGAUCAUGAUGCAAUUAUGACACUUCUCCUUAUUUCUAGAAUGAUUCAAAAAACUGAAAUAUUGAUUUCUCAAAUGAGGGAUAAAUAUCAAGCUGUCGAUAGUAUUGAAAGAUCAUCAAUAGUGAAAGGUCACUUGGUUGCUCAAUACAUAUUCAGAUCAUGCUUGUGUGGUCAUAUUUAUUCUUUGCAAACUGUGCUUGGAGCUUUUGAAUCAAUUCUCAAUGUAUGUUCACCAGAAAUACUGUUGAAAGUAGGAGCAGCGUAUCCGGAAAUGUUGGCUCAAGAAAAGGCUGUAGAUUCUCUAAUUUAUCUUGCGAAAAAAGAUCAAUUAGAUGAAAAUGUUUCAACAGAAGCUAUAGAAAAAUGUUGUGUUUAUUUCGGAACGAUGUUUUCUGUUCUAUUUGAAGAUAGUUCAAUGGCUAAUCAGCCAAAAAUGAUUCUUAAUGGAACGAAAACACUUGGAAAUCUUUGUGAGGCUUUAACCGUUGAAGCAAGUUCUAUUAAAACACUUUUGGAUGGAGAUAGUGGUGAUAUUGAUCUUUUGUGUCAACAUAUUGAAACAACUUGUGAAGUGAUUCAACAACAUUUAAGUUCAGCAAGAAGACGAGUUCCUCGUGAUCAAAUAUCCAACAAUGGAACAAAUUCUUCCAUUAAUUUAGGGCUAGAUAAAGAUUGGCUUCAACAGUUUGUUAAUUGUUAUCAAAAUGCUGUUAAAGUAGCCAAAACACUUCAAGACUUAUUAAAGAACGCAAUUCAAACGAUUAUUACUAACGGAGAUUUGGACGUUGGUAUAAAUGCAUCUAAAUUGAAAGAAAUGGCUGCAAUAUCUAGUGAAAAAAUCUAUGAUACUGAUGAUUUAGGACCAAUUUCAACAUUAAAAGCAAGUUUAGUUACCGUGCAGCAAAUGGCAGCAGACUUAGCCCAAAAAAUGGUCGAAUGUGAAAAUGAAAUAAUUACAGUUAAGCAAGCACCAGUUAACCAAUCAGCAUUAACAGAUGGAAGUGUAGAAAAUCAAACUCCGAUUAGUAUACGAGCUCAAACUACUCGAAAAGAAUUUGAAGAGACGAAAAAUCUGGCCAGAAAAUUGGAAACGAAAGAUGUUGACAUACGAGAAGUAAAACUGGCCCUCCGAGAGAAACAAGAAGAACUUUCAGAGAUGAUGUUGAGAAAGGAAUUGGCCGAAAAACGCCUUGCAACUCAACAGCACGAUCAUGAGCUUACUGUUGAAAAAUUAAAACGAAAAUUAGAAGAAGCAAUUAAUCAAUUAAAACGGAAAGAAAAAGAGUUUGAAGAAACGAUGGAUCAUUUACAGACAGACAUUGAUAGUCUUGAAUCAGAAAGAGGUCAAUUAAAAGAAAAGUUGAAAUCUUUAGGCAAAAAAGUCACAACUCCUGUUAUUGGAAUUCCUUCGCCUGGAAACAGAUCAGAUAAUAAUCUUACAUUGUCUGGGGGUAACGAAACUAAUAUUAUGUCAGGAGCUCCUAUUGCCUUUGAUAAUAGACUAUUAGUACAAGAAAUUUCAGCUUUAAAAGAAGCACUCGCAAGCGAAAAUCGACUGAAAAAUAAACUCGUAGCAGAGUCUCUUAAAAAGAAAAUGAAUAACUUGAAUCCCAUUUCUACAUCACUUCUACAUGACCAGCCAGAUUCUAAUAUUGAAUCAUUACAGGAAAAACGAAUUGAGUUGCUCAAGGACAUACAUAAUGUUAUGAUAUACAACGCAAUUCCGGAUUUGACUAAGAACUCCCAACUUGACAUAGAAAAUGUUACAUUUGAAAAAACAACUCCUGCAUAUGAAUUUAUUAAGCGGAAAUUACUCCUAAAAAAUUUAAACAAUAGAGUAGAAAAUCUAACGAAUGAAGUUUAUCAAACAAGUGUCAAGAAGGCAAUAGGCGCAAGAGUGUCAACAAACUUUUCAGUAUUUCCUAGCCGCAAAAUGGUUUCAGCAAUGCAAGAAGUAAAUGGUAUACUAGCAGCACAAAUUAACAUGCCUUGUUCCGGACCAAGUCAAGUCCAUAGUAUCAAAAUCGGUACUCAAGAGUUACGAAAAGUACAUUCACUUUUAUGUUAUUAA